ACCACGGGCCAGUGGGAGGUGGUGACAGAGAGCGAGGGGAAGCGGGAAGCAGCUGUCUUUGAUGCCGUGCUGGUGUGCACCGGGCACCACAGUGAGGCACACCUUCCGCUCAGCACCUUCCCAGGCAUCGAGAAGUUCAAGGGCCGCUACCUCCACAGCCGAGACUACAAGGAUGCCCAGGAUUUCACGGACAAGAGGGUCGUGGUCAUCGGCAUUGGGAAUUCGGGGUCCGACCUGGCCGUGGAGAUCAGCCACACGGCCAGCCAGGUCUUCCUUAGCACCCGGCGGGGCGCAUGGGUCCUCAACCGGGUCGGAGAUCAGGGCUACCCCAUAGACACUGUCAUAACUACCCGCAAGAUGACGUUCCUGAAGAACCUGCUGAGCUCAUCCAUGGCGAGCGACUUCGUAGAGAAGCAGCUGAACGCGAGGUUCGACCACUCACACUAUGGCCUGAAGCCAAAGCACAGGAUCACUGACCAGCACCCAACCAUCAAUGACGACCUGCCCAACCGCAUCAUUUCGGGAAGGGUGCUGGUGAAGCCAAACAUCAAGGAGUUCACAGAGACAUCUGCCAUCUUCGAGGACGGCACGAAGGAAGACAUCGAUGCUGUGGUCUUUGCCACAGGAUACAGCUUCUCCUUCCCCUUCCUUGAGGGCUACGUGAAGGUGGUGGAGAACCAGAUCCCCCUCUACAAAUUCAUGUUCCCCCCGGACCUGGAGAAGCCGACGCUGGCUUUCAUCGGCCUCAUCCAGCCCCUGGGUGCCAUCUUUCCCAUCGCCGAGCUCCAGUGUCGCUGGGCCACCCGUCUCUUCAAGGGGCUGAACAAGCUGCCCCCACGGCACGACAUGGAGGCGGACAUCAAGGAGAAGAGAGAAGCCAUGGCAAAACGGUACGUGAAGAGCCAGCGGCACACCAUCCAGGUAGAUUACAUCCCCUACAUGGACGAGCUCGCCUGCCAGGUGGGGGUCAAGCCCAACAUGCUCAGCCUCUUCCUCACCGACCCCAAGCUGGCGCUGGAGGUGUUUUUCGGGCCCUGCACACCAUACCAGUACCGCCUGCGGGGCCCGGGCGCGUGGGCAGGUGCCAGGGAGGCCAUCCUCACCCAGCGGCAGCGCAUCAUCAAGCCCCUGCAGACGCGGCACGUGGAGGAGCACCCCUCGGCCCUUGCCGUGCCCCUCACCUUCAAGCUGGUUGGGGCUGUGGCUGUCCUCGCCAUCAUUGUUGCUUACUUGUAG